AUGUCCAGCAAAGGAACGAUUGAACGACCGCCAAUGAUUAGGAGUUCGUAUGCUUUCAUUAACCUCGUGAAAGCAAUGUGUGGCGUGGGUGUCUUUGCGCUGCCGGUAGCAUUCCAACAAUCUGGUCUGUGGACUGGGGUGCUGCUAACAUUCGGUCUUGGUUUUGUUAAUGCUCAUACUAUGGUGAAAAUUGUGAGAUGCUCACAGUAUCUCAGCAGAAUAAAACGGGACAAGGGAAGGACUGUUGAGCCUCUGGCGACCCUAACAAGGAGAACAGAUCCUUCUAAGUUGAGUAGCUUGGCAGUAUUUAUGCAUCUGUUGGCAGUGAAUGCAUGCAUAAUGGGCCUUCAAGUCGGAAUCUGCAGUGCAUACUAUAUCUUCGUCGUUGAUCAUUCAAAGGAGGUUAUUGAUUACACUUUCUCAUUGGAUAUUCGGCGUCAUCUAUUAUUUUUUGGAAUUCUGCCUUUUUUCAUCCUUUUGGCUACCGUGCGUAGUCUGGUCAUAUUAUCAUGGAUCGGUCUUGCUGGAAACGUACUAGUUACAGCUGCUGUUAUCAAUAUUAAUGUGGCAUUAGCAAUGGAAAAUAGAAUGAGGCAACCGCAAGAUAUGCUAGGACCUUUUGGGGUUAUUUCAACAUCAGCCCUUUUCGUGUCGGUUUUGUACGCUGCAACUGGUUUUUUGGGUUUUGCCACUUAUGGCGAACGUUUGAAGGGCAGCAUCACGCUCAACCUUACAAAUUCUCCGUGA